UUUUCUUAUUUGAACAAUGUAGAUAAUGCUACUUGUUCUAUUUACCUCCCAUGGUUAUGAAAUCAAAUCAAAUAAUGUGUGGGGUAUAAACCAGACAUGAUGCUAGGUGAGCAAUAAUGUAGACAGAAACAGUCCCUUCCUUUAAAGUACUUACAGUGUGGUGAGGAGAAUGUCAUUAAACCAGUCAUUUUACAAAUAAUUAUUUAAUAGUCUGUGAACUAAGUACUAAGAAAAAAGUACAGGGACUCUAAGAGCAGGCUUGGAUCAGGGAAAGCUGUCCUGGGGAAGAGAAAUUUAAGCUGAGACUUAGCAACUGAAAGCCUUGUGCAAAGACCCCAAAUCUUGAAGAACUUAAGGGUCGUUAGCAGCCAAAAGCCCAGUCUGGCUGGCAGAGAGCACCCUGUGCCUUCACGAUAGCCCUGUGGGUUAACUUCGUUUUACAGAGGAGAGUGAUUUUGUAUAGGGUCUUAGUGUUCGUCAAUGGCCGACUCAUGUUUUGAACCCAGGUUGGUCAGCCUGACUCCAAAAUCCUUGUUCCCUCUCCAAUGCCAUUCCUUCUCUGAGCACUGACUGUGUUCCCAAACUCACCUUCCCUCUUAAUAUUUCCCAGAGGGCUUGGCAGCUCUCCCUCUGGCUGAUUGUGGAGCCAGUGAUCAGGUUGUUUCUUUACACUCAGGUAAUAGUGAGAUUGAACUCCUACAGGUUGUGCAUUGUGUACUCCUACUCGUAUACUGUAGGACUCCAGGGAUCCUAGAAGCUCUUUUUCAGCAGUAGGGCUCUUGUGGAUUCUGGAGCUGCUGUGAAACUACAGUGUUGUUUGUGACCUCUGCUUUAAUAGUACCAACAUUUCCAUCAGCCUUUUCUCCCUACCCUCAAGACACUCCAGAUAAAGAUCAGAGUAAUAAACAGCAUGCUUCUGCUGUAGCCUCUGCCUACUCCCACAAACCUCUCCUGUAUCGAAAUCCCAAAGCCACCGCUAAUCCUACAUUUUAUUGGAAGAAUGCAAAUAAAAAGUUUCCAUGGCUUUAAAAGUUGGCAAAAUGCUAUCCUAGUUUAUAGGAUGUCUGAGGGAAGUAUUGCCUAAAUGAGGAAUUUUUCUGUCAUAUCUGAUUCUUCAUAUCUGUUCCUACUACCUGCAUUGACUCCCCCAAACGUCUUUGUAAGUUGGGGAGGGAUUUUCGUCAUGGUUCUUAAAGCUGGUGGAGAUGGUGGAGACUGGUACAUUGAAGCCCAGUUUUCGAAACCUGAAAAAAAACCUCCUUUGCCUUCGUAUCUCCAGAUAAUUUUAUGAGAAAGAAAAUAAAUGAAUUCAGGCUUAAUGUCUUUGUUGUUUCAUGUAAGAAGAGACAUUUUAAUGCAAAUACCUAGUUAAAUCUUUUCUUUUUGUUAGAGUUUACUAAGUAACUGAUUUUUCCUCUUUAAAUCUUUUUCUGAUCAAUCCGUUAACCUGUUUUUCUUGCCCUCUUAAAAGACGCUGCUUAAAUUUGAGGGCGCACUGUUUUAGGCCCGAUCCCAUUUUAACUAUCGAACUGGUUGUGCUUUUCUAGGAAUUUGUGAAGUUUGUUCUGAAGUUCUUUGUAGUUCGAGGUAGAUGGAGGUUGAUGCUUUGUUCGAAUUGUUGUAAAUUUUUGUAUUUCUUUGUUUUCAGAGUGUUUCACUUGGUAGAACCUGAUUUACUUGAAACGCGAAGUAAUAAAUUGAUUCCCUCCACCACCGCUCUUUGUCCUCAGUUUUCUGUGAAACGCUGACUGAGAUAAAUGUCGGCCUUAGGAAUUUCUCUCUUUCUGUAAAAGCCCCACAGACAACAUUUUAGGAGCUCACGCUAGAAUACUUUGUCAUUAUCGUUCGACUGGUCUUUCCUUUCAAGUGGACUAAACACAGCUGACUUGGUAAGAGGAGCAAAGACAACAUGAUAGUGCUGCCAAGUAGACAGGAAGCUGUAGUGGACCCAGCGAGCAGGGGCGGCCGGGCUCACCCUCCGUCCAAUCAGCUGUGAGUGCUGUUGCUAUGUGCGCUCUUACUCUGCUGCCUUUGUGAAAGCCUCACACAGAGGGAAGAGGAAUCAGCACCCACCGCUGAACGUUUGUUUUAACCACUGCAGGCAUCUGGAUCCCUCACUUACUGACUAUAUAGCUAUUGACAGCCAGGAGGCAACUUCUUUUACACAAGGAUUCCAGUAUGGUUUUCAGUGGAAACAAAGGGCUUCUCAGAGAAGAUACUCUUGAUGAAUAUUUUGAAUAUGAUGCAGAAGAGUUCUUGGUCUCUUUGGCCUUGUUAAUAACAGAAGGACGAACACCUGAAUGUUCUGUGAAAGGUCGCACGGAAAGUUUCCAUUGCCCUCCAGCACAGUCCUGUUACCCAGUAACUACCAAACAUGAGUGUAGUGACAAGCUGGCCCAGUGUCGCCAAGCCAGAAGAACCAGGUCUGAGGUCACAUUGCUGUGGAAGAAUAACCUUCCCAUCAUGGUGGAAGUGAUGCUCCUACCAGACUGCUGCUACAGCGAUGAUGGGCCCACCACGGAGGGAAUUGAUCUGCAUGAUCCUGCGAUUAAGCAAGAUGCAUUGCUGUUAGAGAGAUGGAGACUGGAGCCAGUUCCCCGACAGAGUGGCGAUCGAUUUAUUGAGGAGAAGACUCUUCUAUUGGCUGUCCGCUCAUUUGUGUUUUUCUCUCAAUUAAGUGCUUGGCUGAGUGUUUCUCAUGGUGCUAUUCCACGAAAUAUUCUUUACAGAAUCAGUGCUGCUGAUGUAGACCUACAGUGGAAUUUUUCACAGACUCCAAUUGAGCAUGUGUUUCCUGUUCCCAACGUUUCUCACAAUGUGGCCUUGAAAGUCAGCGUUCAGUCCUUGCCCAGACAAUCUAAUUACCCAGUUUUGACCUGUAGUAUUCACGCUAACAUUGGCCUUUAUGAGAAAAGAAUUCAAGACCAUGAACUUAAAACCCAUCAGCACCGUGGUUCUAAUGAAGCAGAACAAUGUGGUACAAACAGUUCACAGCGUCUGUGUAGCAAACAAACUUGGACCCUGGCACCUGAAAGUGUACUACAUGCAAAGAAUGGUACAACUCCAGAAUAUACUGCAGCUGUCAAAAAUGUCAAACUGUAUCCGGGUACUGGCAGUAAAUCUGACUAUGGAACGUCUCAAGCCAGUAUUCUGGGCUUCAGUGGUGUAGGAGACAAAAAGUCACAGGAAACAUCAGUGAGAACUUUAAAAUCAUUUUCAAUGAUUGAUUCCAGUGUCUCUAGCCGCCAGAGUUCCUGGCAGUCAGUCAGUGAGACUAAUCCUCUAAUAGGCUCUUUAAUUCAGGAGCGACAAGAAGUUAUUGCGAGAAUUGCGCAGCAUUUGAUUCAUUGUGAUCCAAGUACUUCACAUGUUUCUGGACAUCCAUUUAAUGCGCAAGAAUCUAGUUCACUUAAUUCAAGGUUUUUCCGGGUUUCACAAGAAAAUGAAAAUGUGAGAAGAUGUAAAGAAGCUUUCUCCAUUUCUUUUGGUAGUCCAGAGCUUACCUCCUCAGAAGACACCAAUGAAGGGAAAAUUCGAGUAAAACCAGAAACUCCUCGAAGUGAGGGUUGCAUUUCUAAUGGUCUUUAUUCUCGUCAGCCUGUUGGUGAGACUAAUCCUUUGAUAGACUCGUUAUUCCAGGAGCGGCAAGACGUUAUUGCAAGGAUUGCUCAACACUUGGAGCAUAUUGAUCCGGCGGCAUCGCACAUGCCCCGGCAGUCAUUCAAAAUGCAUGACUCCAGUUCGCUUCCUUCUAAAGUGUUUAGGAGUUCGUAUGAAGACAAAAAUUUGUUGAAGAAGAACAAGGAUUAUGCCUCUGUUUCCAUUUCUAAUGCGAAAUUUUCCUUGUUAGAAGAUAGCAGUGAAGGGAAAAACUUAAUACCUAAUAAAUCUUUUAGUUCUUUUAAAUGCAGUAGUAAAGCCAAGUCCUCUUUGAAACCUCAAACAAGACAUCUGUAUCAGGACAAUCCUGGUGAAAUCAUCCAAAGUACAUGUCAAGAGACACAGAGCAAAGCCACUAGUUUACUGACUCCCUCAAAUAUGUCUCAUUGCAAAGAAAAUAACUUAGAUUUGACAAUCAGAUUGGAAAAUACACUUUCCGAGUGUCAAUUUAAGGAGCAAGAAAUAAGCAAUGGAAUUGAUAAACAGUAUUCAUAUUGCAACGGUAUUGACAAACAGAUUUGUGCAAAUAAAUGUAAGGAAAAAAUAAUAAUAAAUGAAAAUUGUAAUCCAGAAUCUUUUAACAAUCACCAAUUUGAUAAUUCAAAAAAAAAUGACUUGAAAAUGAAAGUUACUAUGUUGAAAAUAUCAGGAUAUUUGAACAAACAUGAAAACAAGUGCUCAAAUAAAGACUCAAAAAGGCCUAAUACUCAACUCAAUAGUAUUGAAAAUUAUCUCAAUAAAGAUAAUGAAAGUUUCAAAUGCAAAAAGCCAGACCAGUUGAAAAAUGAACAGGAUAAAAAAGAAGAUCCAACUGAUGAAAAAUCUCAAAACUGUUCCCAGAGAAAGAGCAUAAAAGACUGUUUGUCUACAUGUGAACGACUGAAAAAUACAGAGGUGUUGCAGAGGACUAUACCACUGAAACAUUCAAGUGUCUGGCAGAAACAUAAUUUUCAUUCCUUAGAUGGAAUCUCGACCAGAGCCUUUCAUCCUCGAACUGGAUUGCCUCUUCUUUCAAGUCCCGUUCCUCAAAGAAAGACACAAUCAGGUUGCUUUGAUCUGGAUUCUUCUUUACUGCAUCUGAAAAGCUUGUCAUCUAGAAGUCCUCGACCAUGUUUAAAUAUUGCAGAUGAUCCAAAUAUUCAUGAAAGACCAUUUCUGAGUUCUAGUGCUCCACCUAUAACAAGCCUUAGUCUCUUGGGAAAUUUUGAGGAAUCUGUCUUGAACUAUCGUUUAGAUCCUCUCGGCAUUGUUGAUGGUUUUACUGCCGAGGUAGGGGCAAGUGGUGUUUUCUGCCCCACGCAUUUGACUCUUCCAGUUGAAGUGUCGUUCUACAGUGUUUCAGAUGAUAAUGCUCCCUCUCCUUAUAUGGGUGUGAUUACUUUAGAGUCCCUUGGUAAAAGGGGUUAUCGAGUACCUCCUUCAGGAACAAUACAAGUGACCUUAUUUAAUCCUAAUAAGACUGUGGUGAAGAUGUUUGUUGUGAUAUAUGACUUACGAGAUAUGCCAGCCAAUCAUCAGACAUUCCUACGACAAAGAACUUUUUCUGUACCUGUUAAACAAGAAAUGAAGAGAAGUGUUAAUAAAGAGAACAUCCGACAUACAGAAGAACGGUUAUUACGCUACCUCAUACAUCUGAGGUUCCAGAGUUCUAAAUCUGGAAAGAUCUACCUCCACAGAGAUGUACGGCUCCUGUUCUCUAGAAAGUCAAUGGAAGUUGAUAGCGGUGCUGCAUAUGAACUCAAAUCGUACACUGAAUCGCCAACAAACCCUCAGUUUUCACCAAGAUGUUGAUAAGGAGUGACAAUUUAAAGUAUUUGCUCAGUACCCAAUUUGAAAGUAAAAAUUAUCAUAGAAUGGAGUGUACCAAAUUAACAACCAGGAGAGUGGACCCUCUCCUGUUAUCCUGGACCAGUUUUUAUUAAAGGAUUCCUGGAAUGAGAUCCACAUAUUCCAAGUAGACUGGAAACACUCAUGUCCUAAUCCUUUUUGUACUGUUGAAACCACUUCAUUGGACAUGUUGCAAUAGCAAACCGCCCCCUGCCCCCAGUUAGAUUAGUGUUUACACAUUUUAUUUCUCAGUUAUUUAAUAUUUAAUGUUUCCUUAAUACUCAAGUGAUGUUUGUCUCUAGUGUUCUAAUGUAGCACAAAUCCUAUGUAAAAUCAUACUAUGUAUUUUUGACAUUAAUGUUGAACUCUGAAAUAUAUGCACAAGUCUUUAAUUUUG